AUGGAUUCCUUUGAGAUGGAUGAUCAGAAAAAGUUUGGAUUAGCAUUCACUGGUUUCGGUAUAUUUUUAUCUUUUUUUGGGAUUAUCUUAUUCUUCAACAAGGCAUUGCUUGCCAUGGGAAAUACCCUAUUUGUUUGUGGAGUGUCCUUAACCAUUGGGCUAAAUUCUACUAUGCAAUUUAUUAUGAAACAAAGUAAUUUUAAGGGAACAAUCUCAUUUGGUAUUGGAUUCUUCUUGAUUGUCAUUAAAAGAUGGCCUAUUUUGGGUAUGAUUAUUGAGGCUUAUGGGUUCCUCGUACUAUUAAGUGAUUUUUGGCCUACAAUAGCUAUUUUUUUACGGAUGAUUCGUGUUCUUGGUCGGUUGUUUCUACAACCAUUUAUCCAAUUGAAUCCUAUUGCUCUAUGGGUGAGAUUUUAUCUUCAAUGGACGCUAACAACAAUUAAACCAGGUUCUGGAAAGCAUACCGGUAAAGCUAGUAGCAGAAGCUUCAAUGUGCUAUAA